AAAUAAUUGUAUUGUAAUAAAUUGCACUGUACGAGGUCAGAGAAGCCGAACAAGUCACCUGUCAAUCGAGUGUUGCAUCGUAAUGCGCUAAUUUCGAGCGGUUACAUAGAACUACGUGGACUUCGUCCUCUGAUAGGCGUGCGUGAGGUGAAAAUGCACAGCCUUUGCUCCCGGAUUCGUGUUUACACUGAUACAUCGAUAUUAAAACUUCCUUUAUCCCGGCGAGAUAGCGCUCCGCUUAAAUACGCCCAUCGUCCUGCCGGCGAGACAGUGCGAAUCUAGGUCGGGAGAAACAGGAUCUGCCUGGGGCAAAUCCGCGAGUAGUAAUCACCAUGGUGACGAUAAAAACGCUUGUUGCCCUGGCUGGGGUUAUCAACUCCUCGUAUGGCGGUUUCGUGGGCACGUUUCGCCUGAACCUCCCUAUGCUGCCCGGUGAAAACGAAAUAUCCGUCAAACUUGGAGUGGUCAAGUUUCUCACCAUGUGGAACUUGCGAGCCCCCCCCCCCGGCCUCCCGUGGCAGCGACCUGGCGCUCGUUGUACUUUACGCCGACUCUACGUUGUACUGUACGCCGACGACGACGCGCGACCGAGCGCCAUGGCGUCGUUGCGAUCUCUCCUUCACUGGACCGGCCUCCUCAACACCUGCCUCAACCAUUAUUACGUCACGUUCCAUCUGUACACGCCGACCGCUCCGCACCAGAAUGAUUGGUUCGUCAGUCUGGGAAUGAGCAAGUUCCUUACCAUCUGGAAUAUGAACCGGCCGGAUCCCAACCACGACCAUCGUCACAACGCUGUAAGCGGCAUAAAGGAACGUCAGAACAGUACCGGGGGGUUUGAGGAUGUGACUUACCGCAUUGUGUAG